CAGCGUGUUUUGGAUAGUAUGUGUUUUUUUUUCUAGUGUGUUAUAUCUUUUCACAUUACUAUUACAGCCUAUCAUGAUGUUAAAUAUGUCGUAAUUGCUGCGAUAUAAUUUUUGAUAGUGAAGAAAAUAGUAGUGAAGUGAUUAUUGAUGAUUAAUUAUGUUAUUUUGCCCAAAGCUGCUUCAUUGUGUUUCCAUGCACAAAAUGGUUACUGCAGGGGUGUACUAUAUGGGAUGGUAAUACCAUACAGUACAAAAUACUCCCACAUCAUUUUUUUUUUUAAGGUUGCUAGUUCCCCAUAACAAAAAAAAUAAAUAAAUAAAUAAAUAUUACUUCUAAUCAUUAUCGAUAUGAUAAUUGAGUUAACACCUCUGUAUUGUGAAUGUGUUAUCUGAUAUGAAUUUUUUAACAGGAAACGUAUAUAGGCAUUGUAUUAUACACUGAUAUACACUGUGCCCCCACAAUGCAUCUUACUAUGUUUAUUUUAUCCUCUUGCUUUUGUUGCAAGUAAUAAUACUGAAUUUUUUCCAGGCCUUCACCAUGCCUCACAAAUUUACUCCAAAGGGACUUUGCCACUGCAACAGAAGAGGGCCUGAACAAGCCUUCUGCCACCAGGUCAAAACUCAGUGCAGCAUCAGGAAAGCUUGUGACCUUUUAGAGGUCAAAGUGAUGAUGACCUUACAGGAUGCCUUCAACUGGUCUCACAAGUACUCUGACUGGAAAACAUCUGUCCCAUUGAAGGAAGGAAUUCAGGCAGCUGGCAUAUGAGAGUGAUGUCGCCUGUGAGCAGACUGCAAUUCCUGAUGCCUGGAAGAGGGAGCACACUGCCACAAGAGAUUGGUACUAUGCCUUCAUGUCUUGCCAUCAAGAGCUCACCCUUUAGUUGCCAGAAGGAAUGUUUAUUGCCACAACAGUAUCCUUUAAGAAAGUUACUGUUAAUGCCAUGGAGAAGCAUCAUUUCACACCUGAGGAUCUACAGCUUGGAUGAGACCAGCCUGUCAUCAGUGAUGAAACAGUCACAAAGUUGUUUGUAAGAAGGGACAGCCAAUAGCCUCAGAGAUCUCUUGUGAGCGAGGUGCCACUAUGACUUUUUGUGGGAUUCAUAAGUGCUGUGGGUCAUUACAUUUCUCCAGUAUUUAUAAUCCCAAGAAAAUGCUGGAAUGACUUGUUCAUAGGCAGAUCAAUUGAUGGCUCAAAGGGCAUUCUAUAUGAAAGCAGAUGGAUUAAUGGAUGUUUUUUGGAAACCUUACAACACCUUCAGGCCCAGACCUGCAGCAAUGACAAGAUCUUGCUCAUAAUUGACAAUGCAGAGUGUCACAUGAGCAUGCAUACUACUGAGUAUGCCACUGAGAAUGGCAUUGUGAUCAUAACACUCCCGCCUCAUACGAUUGAUAAGCUGCAACCCCUGAAUGUGUCUAUCUUUGGCCACUUCAAGAAACAUAUGUGAUGUAUUCUAUCAGACUAUUCUCUGAUGCACCCUCACACCCACAUCACCAAACACAUGUUGCCUGAGUUUACCUCCAAGAUAUGGAUCAAAGCAUGCACACCUUCAAAUAUACUUAAUGGUUUCUCAGCCACUGUUAUCUUGCCCAUUAAGAGGAAUAUAUUCUCUGAUGAGGCUUUCCUAAGCUCUCAAGUGAGUGAGAGAUCACCACUGACACCAAAUUCAGCUGAUGAAGAUGAAGGUGUGAAUUCACCAGCUCCAAGUUCCUCAUACGACAUCUCUGAUGAAAAUCCUACUGUGAAGGCAGCUGUUGUCCAGAGUGAGAGGUCAACUUCCACCUCCAGCCCAUCUCCUGUGGCUCCGUCCACCUCUAGAGAUAUCACCUCAGAGUCCAUUUGUCUCUACCCUAAAGUUCCUGCACACCCACUUGGGAAGGGGAAAAAGAAGGCUAGAGCUUGCAUCCUCACAGAAGAUGAAGAGGGCAUCUUUACUCUUAGAGCCAAAGAGGACAGGAAGAAAAGUCGCAGAAUAAAGCAACCAGAAGUAGCAACCAUAGAUAGCAAUGAUGAGGAUGAACCUGGGGUGACUUUAUAGUAGGGCAACUCUUCAGAGUACUUUGAUGAGGUGCAGAAGAAGGACUCUGAUGCACCUUACCCUUUCAAGAGAAGACCCCAGAAGAAGGGGACUAAGUGUUCGUGGAACUUGAGUUUGAACAGGGGCAUAAUGCAAGCUCAAAGGUACAUUAUCCUGGCAAAAUCCUCAGUAUUGAGAAUUGCCAUUAUACCGUAUCUUUUCUACGGAUGAGCUCCCAGUUUGGUUCCAAAGAUACCUUUCAUUACUCAUGGAUUGAAGAUAUGGGCAAGGUGACGACAAGGGAGAAAAUAAAGGAGGUUUUACUACCUCUGACAGCCAUCUCAGAGGUUGGCCAAUCUCAUACAUUUCCAGACACCCACUGAGUCACUUUAUAUAUGACAAGGUUUUUUAUUUUGUACUUUUCAAAGCUAUGGAUAUAUUUCUACCUACAAAAUUAGGAAAAAUGUACCUUUCAGUUUCACUGGAUCUCAUAAAUUCUUUCUAAUUUGUAUUAUUUUGUUUCAUCUUAUAAACAUGGAAAUGUGCCUACUUAUCCUGUCUAACUUUAUAAACUAAAGAGAAUAUGUCUUUAUUUUGCUAAACAAUGUAUACUAAAGAAAAUGUGUCAAUUUAUACUGCAGAGGCAAAGAAAAAGCAUGAUUAUUUUUGUGAAUCUUAUGAACUCAGGAAAAAGUUUAUAAUUUAUUUUUCUAGUCAUCAAUAAGGAUGUAACUGCAUUAAUUUUUAUCUAUUCUAAAGACAAUUACCUUUAUUUCAUGCUGAACACAUAUCUAAUGCACAGUUUUGAAUGUAUAUUAAAUCCCCACACUCAGUACAGACCACCCCAUAUAGGGAGCAGUUCAUACAUGAUGGGUGGAUGUCUAACUUGUGUUAUAAGAUGGGAUUCAUUAUUUUUUUCUAUAUAUGUCUAUGUGCAAAAGGAAUCUCUAUCCCUAAGGUAUAUUUUCUCACCACUGUUUAUUGUUAAUUUUUUUCCUUGAAUUUUAAGGAAUAUUUUUCCACUAGUAGUACAUUACUAGUAGUACAUCACCCUCCUAUUGUCCAGCUUGGCUUUGAAUUUAUAAAUAGAUCUUGUGUUGACCAAUUCUGCAUCCAGUCUAUUCCAGACUUUUAUUGCUCUAUGUGGAAAGUUGAAUAUUUUAAUGCUGCUUCAAUAAAACAGACUUUUUUUUUUAAGUUUAUUUAUGUGAUCUCUCAUAUUUCUUGGAUCCAAUUCAAAUAGAUCAUCUCUAACCACUUUCUCCAUUUUUCAUCAUGGCUCUAUAUAUUGCAAUUUGAGUUGGUAGUUUCAGAGCUGUUAAUCUGUCUUUAUUUAUGUUUUGUCAGAAAAACCCUGAAAAUGAGAGCAGGUUUUCAUCCUAACAGCCUCCAUGUUUGAAUCCUGCAGCCAAGUGACAAAGGAUGAGAAAGUAAAAGGCCAGACCAUUCACUAGUAACAAUUCUUCAUUAUGCUCCUAAGCAUCACAGUCAUUAGUCACAAUAAAAUGGGCCCUAAUUUUCUACUUAGUUAGGAAAUUAAUAUAAUAUAAUUCAGGGGAUUAUGGAAGUAGACAAUGCUGGUAAUGACAUGUUGACUACCCAAGCAGACAAUUGCUGCUGUGUUUUUUUUUUUUUUUUAUGUAGGAAGGACACUGGCCAAGGGCAACAAAAAUCCAAUAAAAAAAAUGCCCACUGAAAUGCCAGUCCCCUAAAAGGGUCAAAGCAGUGGUCAAAAACUGGUGGAUAAGUGUCUUGAAACCUCCCUCUUGAAGGAAUUCAAGUCAUAGGAAGGUGGAAAUACAGAAGCAGGCAAGGAGUUCCAGAGUUUACCAGAGAAAGGGAUGAAUGAUUGAGAAUACUGGUUAACUCUUGCAUUAGAGAGGUGGACAGAAUAGGGGUGAGAGAAAGAAGAAAGUCUUGUGCAGCGAGGCCGUGGAAGAAGGGGAGGCAUGCAGUUAGCAAGAUCAGAAGAGCAGUUGGCAUGAAAAUAGCGGUAGAAGACAGCUAGAUAUGCAACAUUGCAGCGGUGAGAGAGGGGCUGAAGACAGUCAGUUAGAGGAGUGGAGUUGAUGAGACGAAAAGCUUUUGAUUCCACCCUGUCUAGAAGAGCAGUAUGAGUGGAACCCCCCCAGGCAUGUGAAGCAUACUCCAUACAUGGACGGAUAAGGCCCUUGUACAGAGUUAGCAGCUGGGGGGUGUGAGAAAAACUGGCGGAGACGUCUCAGAACACCCAACUUCAUAGAAGCUGUUUUAGCUAGAGAUGAGAUGUGAAGUUUCCAGUUCAGAUUAUAAGUAAAGGACAGACUGAGGAUGUUCAGUGUAGAAGAGGGGGACAGUUGAGUGUCAUUGAAGAAGAGGGGAUAGUUGUCUGGAAGAUUGUGUCGAGCUGAUAGAUGGAGGAAUUGAGUUUUUGAGGCAUUGAACAAUACCAAGUUUGCUCUGCCCCAAUCAGAAAUUUUAGAAAGAUCAGAAGUCAGGCGUUCUGUGGCUUCCCUGCGUGAUAUGUUUACCUCCUGAAGGGUUGGACGUCUAUGAAAAGACGUGGAAAAGUGCAGGGUGGUAUCAUCAGCAUAGGAAUGGAUAGGACAAGAAGUUUGGUUUAGAAGAUCAUUAAUGAAUAAUAAGAAGAGAGUGGGUGACAGAACAGAACCCUGAGGAACACCACUGUUAAUAGAUUUAGGAGAAGAACAGUGACCGUCUACCACAGCAGCAAUAGAACGGUCAGAAAGGAAACUUGAGAUGAAGUUACAGAGAGGAUAGAAACCAUAGGAGGGUAGUUUUGAAAUCAAAGCUUUGUGCCAGACUCUAUCAAAGGCUUUUGAUAUGUCCAAGGCAACAGCAAAAGUUUCACCAAAGUCUCUAAAAGAGGAUGACCAAGACUCAGUAAGGAAAGCCAGAAGAUCACCAGUAGAGCGGUCUUGACGGAACCCAUACUGGCGAUCAGAUAGAAGGUUGUGAAGUGAUAGAUGUUUAAGAAUCUUCCUGUUGAGGAUAGAUUCAAAAACUUUAGAUAAGCAGGAAAUUAAAGCAAUAGGAUGGCAGUUUGAGGGAUUAGAGCAGUCACCCUUUUUAGGAACAGGUUGAAUGUAAGCAAACUUCCAGCAAGAAGGAAAGGUAGAUGUUGACAGACAGAGCUGAAAGAGUUUGACUAGGCAAGGUGCAAGCACGGAGGCACAGUUUCGGAGAACAAUAGGAGGGACCCCAUCAGGUCCAUAAGCCUUCCGAGGGUUUAGGCCAGCGAGGGCAUGGAAAACAUCAUUACGAAGAAUUUU